AUGGGAUGUAACAUGUGCGUAGUGAACCGACCAGAGGAGCAGUACCGAAUCAUGUUCCAGCUCAAAGGGAGAAGAUCAUCUCCUCUCUCUCAGGAUAAGGAUGGCCAGUCCCAUGAUCCUUUGCUCCUGCAGGUGGUGCGUAAGGGGCACAGGAGAAGAGCAGGCACUACGGGGAGUUCACCCAGAGUCAUGGCCAUUACAGACUGUGUGGACAGUGGCACUCAAACAGACAUCAGCUUCCAGAACCUUCUCAGCAUGGGCAGGGGAUCCUAUUCUGGAGGUGGAGACUCCCCUCUGCCUCCUCCUUCUCCUCCUCUGCCAAAGUCACAUCUGCUUAGUGAUCUAUGUGUUCUGGAGUCUCAGUACAGCGACCCCACUGACUACUUUGAUAUCGCUCAUCAUGAGGUGGACAGACAGGAAGAGCUGGAGUAUGAGGAGGUGGAGUUGUACAAGUCCAGUCAGCAGGACAAGCUGGGCCUGACAGUGUGCUACCGCACUGAUGAUGAGGAAGACUUGGGGAUUUACGUAGGGGAGGUCAACCCCAACAGCAUUGCUGCAAAGGACGGGCGCAUCCGACAGGGUGACAGAAUAUUACAGAUAAACGGAGUGGACAUCCAGAACAGGGAGGAGGCAGUGGCCAUUCUGACCCGAGAGGACAGCACCAACAUCUCUCUGCUGCUGGCAAGACCAGACAUAGAGACUGACACUCAUGUGGAUCCAGAGGAGUUGGACUGUGAGCUGCCAGUUGGGAUGUCUGUGGACAGUCUGAGCUCUACUCAUUUGCCCAGUUUUUACCGGUUUAGGCAAAGGGCCCAGGUGGAAGUGAGCGAGGAAUCUACCCAGCACAGAGAUACUCCAGCACUCAGCCUGGCCACACUCAGCAACAGCCAAGAGCUGGACAGUGGUGUGGGUCGUACUGACGAGAGCACCAAGAAUGAGGAGUCAUCUGAACAUGAUCUGCUGGCUGAUGAACAGACCAGUGCUUCUAAUACCAAUGCCACCAACACUCCGGGCAGCUUGCGCAAGUUCCGCCUUGGCCGUGGAGAUACACCUCCUCUGCUCCACCUCCGGGAGUUCCACCUCAGCUCCGACUCCUUGCCGGGUUUGGAUGGUGCCAGUGGUUACUUCCAUGACCCUGUGAUGACGAUGAUGAUGCCAGGCCUAACUGAGGAAGAGUGUGAGAGGUACCGACAACUGCUGGAGAUCAAGUGCCAGUAUGAAAGGAAUGGGAACGCUCAAGGAAGAGCGAAAGAGCAUGAGGGAGAGAAGGAUGGAGCAGAAGAUGAGAGUGCCAAGGCAGCUCUGGAUGUGAACUGUAACGAGAGUCUAUCAGAGCAUGAGCUGGCCCUAAUUGAAGAGGAAUUACGACAUCUGGAGUUUAAGUGCCGGAACAUUCUGAGAGCCCAGAAGAUGCAGCAGUUGAGGGAGCGCUGUCUGAAAGCCUGGUUGCUGGAAGAGGAGGCAGAAGGCCGAGGGUCUGCAGACCACCAGGGCUCUCCUUUCGAGCUCUCUGACAUUAAGGAGCUACCUGAGAGAGAGCGAUCUGACAAAGAAAGCACCAGCGCCUACAAUACCGGGGGGGAAAGCUGCAGAAGCACUCCUUUAGUGAGUGAGCAAAACCCCUCAGAAGAGUCUCCCUGCCCUCUGCCAGGUAGAUAUAGAGACAGGGCAGGCUGGAGUGAGAGGGGGCGAGCUACUUUCAACUGUUCCUUCUCACCCAACACGUACCGGAAGUUCCAAGCCAGCUCAAAUACUGGACAAAAGUUAAGGUCACUGUCGCGAGACGAGGGUAUGUGGAGGGGGUCUGAUGAUGGGGUGCGGAGGAGCCCCAGAUUGCAUGACUGUCAGGAAAGAACCGGUGGGCGCAGUGCUGAGUCAAGCCCUUAUUUUACCCGCCGUCGUCAUAGUAACAACCCUCCCGAGCGUUACCAGAGCUGCAUGCAGCUGGGUUCAGCCAUCUCUGAGGGUAGCGGACCCUUGGAGAGGACAGUGGAAGGAGAGAGCGACGUGGUGAUUGGUAGCAGUAGGGAAAACAGCGGACGGGAGAGUCCUAGAAUGAGCCACACUCCCCCUCUUAGCCCUGUGCUGAACCCCAAUCCCACUAAACUCUCCUUAGCUCUCCCUCUACCUCCAGCAUCCCCACGCAUGGAGUGGAAGGUGAAGAUCCGCAGUGAUGGCACACGUUACGUAGCCAAACGGCCAGUACGAGACCGGUUGCUGAAAGCUCGUGCCAUGAAGAUCCGUGAAGAGCGCAGUGGCAUGACCACAGACGAUGAUGCUGUAAGCGAGAUGAAGAUGGGACGUUACUGGAGCAAAGAGGAGCGGAAGCAGCAGCUUCUGAGGGCACGCGAACAGCGUCGCCGUCGAGAGUUCAUGAUACAGAGCCGGCUUGAGUACCUUCGUGGCCGGGACCUUGAGCAAGUACCUGGAGCACAGCUCGACCCCCAACCCCCCGCCUCCAUUCUGGAGCUCAGCCAGAAGAAGAGCAUGAAGAAGCGUAACCGAAGGAUCUUGGACAACUGGAUAACCAUCCAAGAGCUGCUAGCCCACGGGUCAAGAUCUACAGAUGGGAAGAAGGUGUACAAUCCCCUGCUCUCUGUUACCACAGUCUGA